GGCACCCUGGAAACGUCCGAGUGAAUAUAAUACAACGCAUUAGUUGGUUUUACCAACACAGUUGAACAAACAUGAAUUCUAUUGUAACGACUUGUCCUAAAGUUUCUCUUUCCAAUGGCCUGCAAAUUCCAAUUCUUGGACUGGGAACAUCGCAUGACGGCGGGUAUUCACAUGACGCCGUGUUGUACGCACUCCGCGAGUGUGGCGUGCGGCACAUCGACACAGCGAAGCGUUACGGCUGUGAGGAGCAGCUGAGUAAAGCCGUGCAGGAGAGCGGAGUACCGCGGCAAGACCUAUGGCUUACAACCAAACUGUGGCCCGGAGAAUACGGCUAUACCGCUGCCAAAAAGGCCUGCCGCGACUCGUGUUCCCGCCUAGGGGUGGAAUACCUUGAUUUGUACCUGAUGCACUGGCCAGAUGCCAUGGUCCCAGGAAGGUCCAAUAGGGAGGUCAGGGUGGAGACCUGGAGGGCCUUGGAGGAGCUGUAUAAUGAAGGGGUGUGUCGUGCCAUCGGCGUGAGUAACUUCCUCGUCUCCCACCUGAAGGAGCUGAAGGAGGACUGUAGUGUGGUGCCUCACGUCAACCAGGUGGAGUACCACCCGUUCCAGCAGCCAGAGGAGCUGGUGGAGUACUGUCGCAAGGAGGGCAUCGUGUUCGAGGGCUAUUGUCCCCUGGCCAAGGGUCAAGCUCUCAGCCACCCCACCAUCCUCCAGCUGGCACACAAGUAUGCCCGCACGCCUUCUCAGAUCUGCAUCCGGUGGAGCGUACAGAAUGGAGUUGUCACCAUUCCCAAGUCCACCAAAAACGAGAGGAUCCUGGAAAACUGUCAAGUCUUUGGGUUCCAACUGGAGGGGAAAGACAUGGCGGCACUGGGCAGUUUGCAUGAUGGGAGACACGUGAGCUGGGAUCCCACAUGUGUGGAGUGACACAGGUCUUUGGGUUCUCCCUCUCAGAUGAGGACGUGGAUCACGUCAGGAGACUCCACAGUGACAUGAAGCUCAUUCAUCUCAGCUACCCACUCUGGAAAGGAUUAACAUCUUAAAAUACAAAACAGAACUUUUAGAAAUUAGAUCUGUGUGUGUUUAUGGCUGUGAAUAGAAAUGGUGGGUGACUCUGGUGCUUCAACCAGAUUUGUGAAGCCAUAGUUGCUGCUAGCCUCACCCAACUGCCUUAAUGAGAUAUUAGUGCCUAUCCUCCUAAUCGAUGUGACUGGUAGGAUACUUGUUAACAUCAUUGAUUUAUAUAAAUCAGCCAUUACUGUAUGCCUAGACACAACAUUGCCUUAAUCCACUGGCUCUUAAAGAAUUAGGUCACCCAAAUGGUUAAUGGGAUUUUAGGGAGGCUAUGCUCCUUAGAUCAAUGACAUUUUUGUACUCAACUAUUGCUAAUGCUAAACUGGAGCAAAGUUAACAAAAUAUUCCUUCUGGGAAUAUCGAGGUUAAGAUUAUUUUAAUUGUAAAAAAGGAUCCUUCCUCCGGAAUAUUGUAAUUCAUCGAUCAUGUCAUUGGUUAAAUUAAUUUUAAUAAAUACUUUGAGGGGAACACGGAGUUCAUCUCAAUUUAUCAGUU